GCGGCGGCGGCGCCCCGCGACGCGGCGCGCACCCUGCUGGAGCAGCUGGGCGCCGGCGGCGGCGGCGGGGGCGUGGGCGGCGGGGACAGCGACGCGCUGUCGCCCUCGGCGCAGUACACGCUGCUGCUGGUGCGCCUGUUCUCGCUGGGGCGGCACUGGGACUGCGUGCUGGCGCUGGCCGAGGCCGGGGCGGCGCGCGCGAUCAACGAUGAGGAGCGCGCCACGCUGCACCUGCUGGCGUUCGGCGCGCACCUGCGCCUGGGCCGGCUGGCGCGCGCCUUCCACGCGCUCGUCGCCAUCCCCGACCGCCAGCGCGCGCGCCUCUGCCUGCGCCAGCUCGUGCUGUCGCGCGCGCGGGCGCAGCCGCCGGGCGCCGGGCCGCACUACUCGUUCCUGUACGCGCUGCACAUGGGGCGCGGCGCGGCGCGCAAGGCCGCCUUCGCCAUGCUGGAGCAGGCGCUGCGCGCGCGCGCCGAGCUGCCGGCCAGCGCGGCCAACGUGCGUCUGCGCGCGCGCUGCUUGCUCGCCUGCCUGAACGCGCUGCGCCUCGCCGCGCCCGACGUGCGCUGGCUGGUGCGCCCCGACCCCGAGCCCGCGCGCGCCCACGACCACGACCACGGCCACCCCCGCGGCCGCGCGGCCCCCGACAACGGCGAGGACGACGCCUCCGACGAAGGGCUGUCUGGGGAGGCGGGGCCGCGCAGCGCGCUGGCCCGCCGCCGCCCGGCCGACGCCGAGGUGCUGGCGCUGGCCACCCACCGGCGCGUGGCGCUGCUCACGCUGGAGGACGUGGAGCGCGAGUACCUGCUGGCCAGCGCGCACCUCGCGCUGCUGCGCAGGGACCAGCACGGCUUCGGCGCCGUCGCUGGAGACCUCUCCCCUGCAGAGAUUGUCACAGCAUGCACAAGUGCAGGUCUCUAUGAAACAGCCUUACUAGUCGGGCAGCGCUGUGGGCUGCCGUUGGACCCAGUGGUGCGUCACUUGGCUUGUACCUGCAUAGACCUCACAAGGCGUGGAAUGCAGAACGCUGAAGAGACGUGGGUCUGGCUGAAGGAGAAUGAUGUUUGGGAGUUCGGCAUCGGCGACGCGGCGGCGCUGGAGCUGGCGUGGAAGCUGUUGGAGGUGCAGCUGUCGCGGCUGGAGCCGCUGCCUGCAGAGGAGGGGUCCCCGGGGGCGGGGCCGCAGUGCAGCGAGGGGCAGCUGCCCUGGCGGCGGCGGCGGCGCUGGUGCCGCGGCGCCUUCUGCACCUGCUGGCUGGUGCGCGCGUCCGGCGCCGCGGACGCCGCGCGCCUGCUUGCGCCUGCUGGCCGGCCCGGCCGCCUGGAGGAGCCGCGGCGCUGCCGCCGACCUGCUGUGACGGCGCUGGCCGCGCUGACGGUCGCCGGGGCGCCGCCGCGCCGCCGCCGCCGCUGCCCGGCCGCGCCCUCGCCGCCGCGCUGGUGUCGCGCGCCCCGCUCUGCUUGCCCGUGCACACCGUCGACCGCCUCCUGCUCGAGCUCCAGGCCGCCGCGCAGGCCGAGCCGCAGGCCUAUGCCGAGCUUCAUGUUGGUAAUAAAAUUUCUACUGUUGUGUAUGCCAGCCUUGUCUCUCUCCUUCCUCUCUGUCCAGUCCCAUCCUACGCUGAAGUUGGCGAUUCGUACCAUGCUGGUGGUGCCCAUCCUUGGGGUCGUGCUGGUGCUGACGGUGGCGUCUCUUCGGCCAGCAGAACAAAGGCAGGUCUGGGUGCCGGUGAAGCUGGACCUAUUGACAAAAUUUUAA